AAGUAAUUCAAAUUGGAUUUUAAGAUAUCAACCACGAGUUGGUAUAAAGAAAACCCUUUAAAUAGGAGUAAAUCAUUAGACAUAUCCUCUAAAUAGGAGUCCCUAACUUAUAUACUCAAAGUAGGAGCAAUCUAUCCAACUGGCAUUCAUCUCCCCCUUUCUGACCCCUUCCCGGUGGUUCAACUUGCUCUUUCUUUUCUUACACCAGCUUCCCACCACCAUCAUCAAACUUUUAGCAAUUGCAAAAUGAAUGUCAUAUUUGUCAUUGCAGUUUCGUCUAGCAUUGUAUUGAGAGCACUGUGGCACCAUGUCACUGCAACGACGAUAGUGACUGACCUUGGUGGUGUUUGUGGCAACAACAACGUAGAUGGCAGAAAGCAAUGGCAUCGAAAGACUUUGAUGGUGGAGUGGCACAACAUAUAUGGCGGCGGCAAUAAAGACAUCACUAUGAUUUUAUGUUGUGUUAUCUGUUGUCAUUUUUGGAAUUAUGUCCUUAUUUGACAUCGCGAGAGGGAGAUGGAGGUGGAGCAAGUUGUGGGGUGCAACGACACAACAAAGCUAAGAGGGCGGGGGUGGUAGCGGUGAUGGUACUUUUAAUGAAGAAGAUAAAUUGUAAUGGAAUUAAAGAUAGUAUGCGGGU